UAAAUUAAUGAAACCGAAGAAUAACAAGCUAGUUUCGUUUUCUGAGAAAAACUAAAUCACGUGAUUAACUUUGUCCAAUCGAGGCAUAUGUCUGCAAUGUUUAUCCGCGGGAGAGAGUUUAAUCCAAAACAUUUGCCGGCGUGAAAAGCGUGCAUUAGUGCAUCUGUGAGAGCAAUUUUCCAAUAAAGAGUUUUGUAUCAACUUAUUUCUGCUGAAACAUUAAAUUGUCAUUCAUUUAAAUUAUGUUAUCGCCCUCAGUUACUUACAUCUUUGACUCCUUCAUCAAGGACACUCUUUCAUUUAUUUCAAAUUCUACAUCAGCCAUGGAUAUACAAACUGUUUUUAUAUGUGGUGGAGUUUUUGUAAUCUCUGCUGCUGUUGUGUAUUUGAUAUCCGCCUUUGGUAUGAGGGAGCGUACUUACGAAGAAGCAAUGGAGGAACAGCGUCGCCGCAAUCAAGAAGCCAUGCAGCAUUCCAAAAAUGACAAAAGUAGGAAAGAGAAGAAGUUUCGUAAGUGGGCUAAACGAUCAAAGGAAAAGAGUGAAGAUGAUAAAAGUCAUGCUUGUGAUACUGAUAACAAAAUUGCUCCUGAUGAUGGGGACGUGAAAGGUGACAGUGGUUCUAAUAGUUCUAGUCAAAAUAUAGAUGUGAAAAUUUCCACUAAGAAAAAAACACGCCAAAGGAAAACUGUGCUUAUGGAAAAGGAUGUUAUACCGACUCAAUAUUCAAAAGAUCAAGCGCAGCAGUUAUCUUCUUCUGAUGAGACAGAUGAGUUGCCAUCAGUUAGUAGCUUACCAGAUAUUUCACAAACAUGCAAAGAAAAUCAAACACCACUGUUUGCUGAUAAAAUUAUUUGCACAAAGGAGGAUUACAAAAGUCAAAGUUCGGAAUCUCCAACUGCACAUAUUGGAGAAUUUCAGGACAAGGCUGAAAUGACAGAUGUCUCAAGACCCAUUAAAAAGUCUCCUCUGAAAAAGAAAAGAAAUAAGGCAGAUCUUUCAGAGUCAGGUUCUGAACUUAUUGAGUGGAAUGAAACCAAAGUUUUGAGUGUGAUUAAAAUGAUACAGUUGAACGAUGAAGAACUGCAGCGUAUAAUUGAUGCUCUUUCAUCACGCCUCAAAGUUAAUGAGAAGAAGAAAAGUGAAUUUCAAGCAUUGAAGAAAAUAAUUCAAGAAAAGGAAGAUGCGCUCAGGAAUGAGCAGAAAUCAUCUCAAGCGGCAAAUGAGAAAAUUUGUGACCUCUUACAGGAAUUAGGGGAUACAAAAUCACAAGCUUCUGCUGUUGAAAAAUCUCUUAGAACUGCUUUAAAUCAAGAGCAGCAAGAAAUCAAAGGAUUGCAUGAUAUGAUGCAACGUAAGCAAAAGCAUUACAAUGAUGAAAUUUCAGCUCUGCAAUCCAAAAUGAAAAAAAUGAAAAGCAUGAUGAAAGAAGAACAUGCUCUUGCUAUUCAGAGAUUACAAGAAGAAAAUAGUCAACUGCAGUCCAUGAAUAGAAUGGAAUCAGAAAAAAAUCAACGAAGCUCUAUGGAAAUCUCCCGCCUUCAGCAUGAGAUAGAUCAGCUGAGGUCUUCUCGAGAAAAGUUUGAAUCUCACCAAUCAACGAUGCAGCAGACUCAAGAAGACCUCCAUCGUGAAAUCCACCAACUGGAGCAGAUAAUCAGUUCUCACCAGGAAGACGAUUAUAACUACAAACAGCGCAUCAAUGAGCUAAGUAAUAAGAUACAGCAGGCUGACAAUGCCCGUGCAUCCUUAGUUCAAGAACUUCAGAAUGCUCAAUCUGUGUGCAGCAGCUUGGAAGCUGAGAAUUCAUCUCUUCGGCAAAGACUGGAGGAACUGAAGCAUCAGCUGAAUAGUUCUGAGCAAAAUGCCAUUCAGUUGCAAGGCUCAUUAGAGGCUAAAACUAUAGAGUUUCAAGAACAAGAGGCUGUCUUCAAGAAAAAUGAAAAUGUAGUCCAUUCUCUGAUGGAAGAACUUGAACAGUGCAAUAAUGAAAGAGACAAUCUUUUGAAUGAGGUGGCAUGUGAGAAAAAAAACAAUGAAGAACUGUCUGAAAAAAACAAUGAAUUGAAUGAAGCCUUGCAAACAUCCCAAUCUAAAAUGCAGGAAGUGAUUGACUCUGCUGAACUCAAAGUCCAAGAAGCUCAAAUUAAGUCAGACAAGCACUCAAAAGAGAUGCAAAAUCUUCUGAAUGAACAGAUCAAAGAAGUUGAGUUAGCAUUGAGAGAGAGUUUUUCAAAAGAGCUUAUAAAUGCGCACCAGGAGACUGAUAACAUUAAGAAACAGGCUGAUGAAAGAGUUCAGAAAGUGGAAUCUCAAGCUAACCUCAGGCUUGAAGAAUUUCAGGAAAGUUUAUACGAAAGGCUUAAUCAGUUGAACAUUGAAACAGAAUCAAAAGUCAAAGAAGUACAGAAAGAAAAAGAGUUAAUCACAACUGAACUGAAAGAGAUGAAUACCACCCUUAAAAAUCUUUUGCAAAGUAUUUUUCCCAAGUUAGUUGUUCCUGAAAACAUUGAUACCUCAUUUUUGAAAAAUUGUGAAGCUGAGUUGCAAGCUUAUAUCCAAGAUCUAAAAGAGAAGAAGCCUCAUGAUUCUAAAGAUCUUAUAAACCUAGGGAAGCAAUUAGAAGAAAAGUCGCUGGAAAAAGCAAAUUUAGAGUCCCGAAUAGCUGUGUAUGAAAAUGUCUUAUUUGAAACGGAAAGUGUUCUGAAAUCUCUUCAAGACCACAUUGAAUCAGAAGAAAAGAAAUGGAAAACUGAUCUCAGUUUUAAAGAUCAAAUAUUAGAAACUAUUAAAAACGAAAAUGAUUGUCUUAAAUUAGAAAAUAACAAAUUGCGACUAAGCUUAGAGCAGCUUCAAGACUUAAAAGAGUCAUUGUGUGAAAUAGAAGACCUUAAACUUAAACUGCAUAAAGAAGAAGCUGAUAAAAAAAUUCUGCAAGAAAAAAUCCAAAUGAUUGAUGUGGUUGCAAAGCCUUCUACCUGUCCAAUAGGUGAAAACAACCUACUAGAGUCUUCAGAAUCAAAUAUUCUACCAAGCAAAUCAGAAAAACGAAAGAAGUCUCGAAAAAGAGGAGGUUCUGGAAAGAAAUAAAUCUAGCAAGAUAGCUCAAAUAAGUCCUACACAGAGAGAGUUUCUCUUGCAAUGAGGAACUACUGUAUAUAUUUGUGUAGCGUAACUCUUCAGCAUACACACAAGCUGCUUAAAUUCUGUAUCAAAUAUGCAUUCAGAUGCACUUUAAAAAUAUAGAUUGGAAACAAUCCUGUCUAGCAUUCUUUAUUCAUUAUAUUUUCUCAAUCUAUGAAAUACAAGUAACUUCGUGGAAUUGUUUUUUGCGGAUUGAUUUUAUUAAAAUGUAGUGAAAGCUUACAUAUACAGAAUAACUGCUAUGUACAUUAAUUUCUUUGUUUGUAAAUUUAAAAGGAUCACUAUUUCUGCAUUAUUAAUGCCAAGCCUAAAGCGUUGUGACUAUGUAUAAUGCAUUUAAACAAAAUAUUUUAUGGUGAGCAUUUACAAAUAACUGCAUAUUAUAUUUUUUUCUGAAUACAUAAGAUAAUAUUAUUUCCAUUACUUAUUCUUCUUAACAUUAUGGUUGAAACCUAAAUAUAAAUAUUUUCAGUUAUCAUAUUUUACCUUUUUUUCUUUCAAGUUCAUAGUCUAGCAAAAAAAUUUUUGUUAUAUAUUCUGUUACAAUAUAUUAUGUUAGGCACAGUUUUAUGAAUUGAUUUUGACAAUUUUAAUGUUCAGAUUUAUUAUUCUACAAAACAUGUUGUAGAUGUAUAUACUAGUUGUUACCUAUUUUUAUAUAGUUAUAUAUUAUAAAAUCUACUUAAUAUUUA